AUGAGCGAUUCUGGACCUACAUGCCAAUUCUUUGCCCCAUAUCUUGAAUCCGGUUACAACAGGCAUCAACUAAAGCCUGAAUUUCCUAAUGCUGAUAAAGAUUUCAAAGAUCACUCUGACAUUGAAAGUCAUCCUUUCAAGAAACCCAAAACUUCUGAAGUCGUAUUGAUCUCUACGAUUCCCAUGGCGCAGAAUAAAAUGUUGCCUUGUAAUUUCAAAACCAGACUUUGCAAUAACUUCAAAAUGGGUAAUUGCUAUUAUGGGCAGAGAUGUUGUUUUGCCCAUGGAAUCAGUGAUCUCCGCAAGACUUGGCGUAAUUGGCAAGGACUGGAAACUGAGGAGGGCUUCAAGGCCAGGACUUAUGAUCGUGGAAGAACUUCUAAUGAUGUAUGCAGAUUGUUCUUUAAUGGGGGAAAAUGCACAUAUGGAGACAAAUGCCGCUAUCCUCACCAUGUAACUCCUGAAAACAUCAGAGAGAAGUCAGCGAUAAGCAUUUCAACUUCUGGGGCUCAAAUUUUACAGCAAGAGGUCUUUGGGUACGGAUUUUGA